GCAGGUUUUAGGAGCCGUUGCUGUGGACGGAGAGACGGGGACGUGAGUGGCCAUUGAGGGCAGCCAGGGUGCCGGUGAGCCCCCCCGCCAUCUGCUCGGUGUGCGGGCUGAGCUUCGAGGGGCUGAGCAUCGAUGGAGGACAUGAUGGGGUACAACAAGGAGAAGCGUUAUGAGUGCGAUGUGUGUGGCAAGGCCUGGCAGCACUCGAGCCUGCUGGAGACCCACUGGAGGAUGCACACGGGAGAACUGCUCGGAGUGCGGCAAGAACUUCACCCGAUACGAAACCGUGUGCACUUCGGCGAGAUGCCCUUCGGCUGCUCCAACUGUAUCAAGAGGUUCACCCGCUCGAACAGCCUGCUGGAGCACUGGCAAACACACAGCGGCGAGCACUGCCUCACCUAUGCCCUGUGCGGCAAGGGCUUCACCUGCUCUUCCAAGCUGCUUUCCCACCAGCAGGUACACUCCAGUGACUGCCCCUUCACCAGGCCCUUCGGCUGCUCUGAUAGCGGCAUGGACUUCAAGACAGGUUAUGACCUGAAGGCCCACCGGCAAGUGCACAUGGGCGAGAAACCCUUGGGCUGCUCCACCAAGCCGUCAAUUCGUCGAGGCUACGUGUGCACUGGCGGUGUGGAAGGAAAAUUAAUAUCCUACCUUACUUAAUUUUGAUUGGAAUUGAAUAAGACUUUUGAAAAGAAUAUGGGAGGAACCAGUAGUCUGAUCCUACUGUCAGAGGGAGACCUGAGGAAAAGAAACAGGUGGUCCAGGAGGGAAAGAUGCGGAUAAGAAAGAGCAUUGCCAAGGUGAUAAAAAAAAGACCAGAAGACACUGGGAAAUGAGAGGAAAUCCCAUUGUUUCACCGGGAUCACCAGCAGAUGUGGUAAUAAAAAAUAUGGGAGAUGACCAAUGUCUAGAAAAUAUUUGUGGUAAUGUUGCUAAUCGAUUAAAUGGAGAUUGGCCGGCUGGGGGGAAAUUUUAAGCUAUCUCUGUCCUACUCACCUCUAAAAACGAAAUGGUUUGGCAAAUGGGAGAACAAUUAAUAUUUGAAGUGUUAUCCGUGGAAGUGUUAUUCGUGAUAGCUGGGAGUGGUAACUGUAACUUUAAAAUUGAUUGAAAUAAUAAGGAGAUGGAUGGUGAUGUAGAAAAGACACUGGGUAGGGGAGGAGAAGGCAGGUGUAAAGCAAAAAUGAGGAACCUGUGCCUAUAAUACCAAAGCAACUGAUAAGCAAUAUGUCCCCUCAAUAUAUGCCACAGAGGUAAGGUGGUACAGGCUGCUGUGAUCAAAUUGUCUAAAUCAAUGAAGAAGGGUUCAUGGCUGCAGUCCAGAUAGGUGACUGCCAUUUAGACCUUCUGAUUGACAGCGGAGCGACUAUGUCAUCUGUGGACAUCCCCGUCAGUCAGUCAAAUAUUAAAACUAUUGAAGUUGCCGGUGUCCCUAUGAUAGAACGUUUAUCAUAACCGACUCGUAUUCUGAGAAAGUGUUGAGCCCACGAUCUUAUUGAAUGGUGGAACAGGGAAAACGGGUUGAAUUGCCCUUUCCUGCACCUUUUUAAGCUGCAGGACGCUCGUCCCACCAGCGGUACCCGGCUGAAGCCGUCCCGUCCCUAGUUGCAGGACUCUCCACCCCUCCGUCACUGGCCCCCACCAGAAACCGUCCCAGUCCCCAGCUGCAGCACGUUCCUCCAUCCAC